UUUUGAGACAUUUUGAUGUCUACAGAUACGAAAUUCUCAUAAUUUCUUAAACUUUCGUAAAUUAGCUCAUCAAUAUUUUCAAUCCAAUUCUGAAUUUAGAUGAAUGAGAGAAAAAACAGCUUCAGACUUGUCAGAAUUUUUGUUUGAUUCUACUAGAGCUCUUUAUUAUCUUUGGUUAACUACCAAAUGUAACCUGACACAGUGUUUAAUCUUUGGUUAUUACUUACAUAAAGCAUAGAUUUUUUAAUUUUUUUGAGGCCUAGUCUUGAUAUGUCAAUAAAAGUAUCUUCAUACAGUUUAGGUUUAGCUAUAAAUAUAAAUGCUUAAAACUUUUGGGAGAUACUUCAUAAGUAACGCGCAAAAAGUAAUAAAGAAAUAAAUAACUUAACCAAAGAUUGUGCUAACCUAAGGUUAACAAAUAAUACCAAAGAGGUAAUUUAUGACCUCUAACACACGAGCGGCAUUCUGGCACUAAAAUAUUUGUGCUUUUUUGUAGACUGUGUUGGAGCUAUGUGAUCAAUAAUCUCGAAUCAUCAAGAAAAUCUCUAGCUUCCAUAACAAAAUUGAUAAAAAGAAUAAUUCAGUUGUAGCGUCGCGUAUGUUGAAGCUGCAAUUUAAUUCUGCCACUUUUUAUUAUUAUAUUGUUAAACUUACCUAAUAAGUUUAGAGGUGACGCACUGCGACUGUCUUUGCAAUGUCGAAAUAGCUCGUGUGGAUGGAUACAAAAUAUUUUACUGGUAGCACUGUUGAAAUUCCACGUCAACUGAUUUGACAGUUGAUUGCCCAUUUUCCGUUGUGUAUUGUGUAGGUUAAUAAAAAUAUAUAAUAAUGAUCACUGUUUUGAAUACUAUUGAUACCGGCCAUGAAGAUAUGAUACACGACGCCGAACUGGAUUAUUACGGACUAAAACUAGCUACAUGUUCUUCGGAUAAUUCAGUGAAAAUAUACGACAUUAAGAAUGGUACACAAACAUUGGCUGCUGAUUUGAAGGGUCAUUUUGGCCCCGUGUGGCAGGUAGCUUGGGCUCAUCCCAAGUAUGGGAACCUAUUAGCGUCAUGCUCUUAUGACAGGAAAGUUAUCAUAUGGAAAGAGUCUGGAGAGUGGACUAAACUAUACGAAUACACUGGACACGAAAGCUCUGUGAACUCUGUUGCGUGGGCGCCGGCUGAGUACGGCUUAAUCCUCGCUUGUUGUAGUUCAGAUGGCUCAAUCUCUAUCAUACAAUAUUCACAAGAUACUGGUAAUUGGGACGUAAAAAAGAUAACGGGUGCACAUGCCAUUGGUGUUAAUUCUAUUAGUUGGUGCCCAGCUUUAUCUGCAGAUUUGAACUUAGAUCCGCUUACCAAUAAAGAUGCUCCAAAGAGAUUAGUUACUGGAGGGUGUGAUAAUUUAAUCAAGAUUUGGAGAGAGCAAGGUGAUCAAUGGGUUGAAGAGAACAGAUUAGAGUUGCACAUUGAUUGGGUCAGAGAUGUAGCGUGGGCACCCUCUCUGGGAUUACAACGUUCCAUGAUUGCCAGCUGCUCCCAAGACAAGAGGGUUGUCAUAUGGUCUAGUGAUGAUAAUGUAUCUUGGACACCAACAAUAUUAAACACAUUUGAUGAUGUAGUAUGGAGUGUUAGCUGGUCUCUCACUGGCAACAUCUUGGCUGUAUCAGGAGGAGAUAACAAAGUCAGCCUUUGGCGUGAGAGCACUGAUGGCCAGUGGUUAUGUAUUAGUGAAGUUGCCAAAGGUUUGGGCCAAACACCCAAUGAUGAAAGAAGCACACUUUGAAUUUGCUUUUAAUUUCAUUUGUUAAUUUUGUAAUCUGCUAAUAGUAAUAUAAAAUAUGUACAUUAA